AUGGCUCCAUUCGAAGCACUGUAUAGUUGGCCUUCCAGAUCACCAAUUUGUUGGACUAAAGUUGGAGAAGCGAGUCUAUUGGGCCCAGAGAUCGUGCAAGAAACUACAGAAAAGGUGAAACUUAUUCGACAAAGAUUAGUGGCAGCUCAAGAUCGUCAGAAGAGUUAUGCAGAUAAGAGGAGAAGACCUCUAACUUUCAGUGGCGUUACAGGACCCUUCGAGAUACUUCAGAAAAUUGGAGAGGUUGCGUACAAAUUGACUUUACCCCCACAGUUGGCUGGAGUACAUGAUGUUUUCCAUGUAUCUAUGUUGCGGAAGUACAUAAUUCACCCUUCUCACAUCAUGAACUGGGAAGAAAUCCAACUCAAUGAAGACGUUACCUUUGAGGAGGAACUCGUGGUAAUUAUGGACAGACAAGAAAAGAACUUGCGAGGAAAAACAAUUCAACUUCUUAAGAUACUCUGGCGUCACCAUGGUAUUGAAGAGUUCAUCUGGUGUGAAGACGCGAUACAGGCAAAUUAUCCAUAA